AACAUGGAAUCAAAAUAUCUUUCUUGCUUUUUAAAGUACCGUUUGCAUGUUCCUUAAAAUAACGUGGUGUUGUUUACAAAAGAUUCAAAAUGGGUACCGGCGUGCCUCGAAGAAAAACUUUAAAAUGGAUUCUGUUUUCCUUGUAGCUUACGUUAACGUAGUGGUAAAUAUUGAUGAAUAUAUACACUAUAAAUGUAAUACUUUAUAAUGCCCAAGCAUGUUGUUUACCAGCUUGUUAUUUGUAGUUGUUAAUGUUUUAAUUUUGUUUAAACCGUCGUACUGAAUCUGGUGUAACCUAUAAUUUUAAUUACACUUUUGACUUUCUUAGCCUUCAACUCUCAUACCUUUAAUUUAGCAAGAUAUUAGGCGCUAAAUCUUAAGCUACACCUACCUCCCUUCCCAAUUUUAUUUAAGAAUGCAAUGCAGAUCAUGUCCUAAGAAGCUAGCGCUAGUUAGUAACAAAAUUAAAAAAAAGAUAAAAAAAUUGUUGUGAUGUCAUUUUUGGCUUCCAGCAUGUCAAGUUGAGAACAACUAGGGGAAUGCUGGUGUGAUAUUGUGUUAUUGCAAUAUAUAUUUAGACAAAAAAAACAGCUUAUAACCUAAAACCCUGGGAAUGUUAGUUUAAAGCUUUUAAACACAAAAGAUGAGGAUAGGAGAAAGUAUACAAGCAAAAGAGAGAAAGAUAGUAGUAGAUUUUUAUGGGUUUUGCCUGCCCCUAAUGCCAGAUUGCUAAAUAGAAAACAGUUUUUAAGAAUCCCCUAAUUUAUACCUUUUUAUUUUAAUAAACAAGUUUUUAUAUGGUUUAAAGGUCACAUAAUAGUGUAUUGUAAAUCACAGUAGUUAUAAUUUCCAAUGUUAGAGGAGAAAAAAUAACCAAUAAUUUUAACCUUUAAAAAGCAUGUUGUUUUAUGCCCUUGUAUAGUUUUCCAUUGAUGAUUAAUUUUCUGUUCCUAAAUUUUUAUAGUUUAACUAGCUACAUUACAAAUAUGUAAGUUAUAAUUGUAAAAUUUAUAAAUCACAUUACGGAUAAAAAUGACAAGUCUGUUGCUGCCACUGUCUUCUGCAAGGUCACUAAUCCCACCAACUAUUCUAUUUGGUGUCACACCACACUAUUUUGCUACUGGUGUUGCAGUGCGAAUGUUAAAACCUUUCUUGCCACAGUCAAUUUAUGAGGAAAUUGAUAAUGUUAUGUAUAACAGCUACCAAUCUCUGGUUACCUUUUUCUUCGAGACUUUUAGUGGAACAAAGGUUAUAUUUUAUGGUGACAGAAUUCCAACAGACAUCAAAGAAAAUGUUCUUUAUAUAUGUAAUCACCAGUCUGCAAUUGAUUGGUCGCUUGCAAACUUUGUUGCAAUACGACAAGGUUCAUUGGGUCGCAUACGAUACAUCAUGAAGGAAAUCCUAAAAUAUAUUCCUUUUUUCGGACCAAAUUUUAUGCAGCAUGGUUGUAUAUUUGUUCGAAGAGAUGGUACGAAUCAAGACGCACAGCUUCGCCGGCGCUUAAGAAGAUUCCAAGAUGAUCGAGUGAACGGCUAUUGGUUGGUGAUCUUUCCAGAGGGCACGAGAUUUAGUUCUCAAAAGGCACAUCUGAUCAAAAAGAGCACAAAAAUGGCAAUAGCUAGUGGUGAAGAGCCUUUUGAAAAUGUGCUAUUUCCAAGAACAAAAGCAGUGCAGCUUUCGUUGGAACAACUGACAGACCUGGAUGCAGUUUAUGAUGUUACGAUAGCUUUUAAAACACCUUGGUUACCGGUCCAAGCGAAACAAGAGGGACCAAGUCUUUUCGAGUUUGUCUCCGUGUUCGGACGAGAAGUACACAUGCAUUUCAACAGGAUCCCAUUUAAAGAAAUACCAUCGAAGGCUGAAGAGCAGAAAAAAUGGUUAUAUUCCUUGUUCAGGAAAAAGGAUAAAUUAUUAGAUUAUUUUUACGAUCCUGCAUCAAAUGGAAGAUUCCCUGGUCAAGCAUAUUCAAUACCUUUAAAAUCCAGUCAGACUGUACCAUACGCAUUAUUCUAUACAUCUCUGAUAGCAGCCACGCUUGCGACAGAAAGAGGAAGAAGAAUAUACGCAAAAACUUGGUUAUACGGCCUUGGCAGUAUCCUCUUUAUGCCGCUUUUGUAUCGCUUAGUAUCGUAAAAGCGUGAAUGCAAAUCUAAAGUAGCCUGCAGUUCACAAUGAAACGCUUACAUCUGAGUUACGAGCUUACAACGACGACGAAAGAAACCGGUAGAAGUAUAAAGAAAAGUGCACAUGUGUGUUAUACACUGCUAGAACUUUAUGAAUAAAUUAUUCCUUGUUAGUGUAAAUGUUUAUAUAUAUAAAAAAAGAAAAAUCAGAAUUUUAUAUAUUUUAUACAUCAGUUUUAAUCAAAUAAAUAUUUAUGUAAUAA